AUGGCGCUACAAGUGUGGGAACUCCUAUCUAUGGAGAGCGGAGUACUCAUUGCUUCCACCUCCAUUUACGAGCUCAUGUCCUCCCUGCUAACAAUCCAAAACCUUCCUCCUUAUGGUGUGAUAAUACCAUUGUGGCCUUGGGUGUUGUGGAACUUAUGGAAGGCCAGAAAUCAUCUCUGUUUUGAGAACAGGAAAUUCUCUGCCAUAGAGAUUGUUACCAAAGCAAUUCGAGACGCUAUGGAAUGGCAAAAGACGCAGGUGGUAGACAAUCCUCAGAGUGCUGAUAAUGUUCACCGACGCCAACUACUGCCGGCGCUCCCGAGUUCUGCUACUCCCAAGUGUUAUGUUGAUGCGGCGUGGGAUGCCAGAACCGAAGCAUGCGGGCUGGGGGGAGUCUUCAGUGGACCUCCAUCCUUUGAUCGUCUCCCUCAUUUGUCCGAAUCCCGGACCCUAGUUUCUUCUGCAUUGAUGGCUGAGGCCCUCGCAGUUCGUUUGGCGGUCAUGAAGACUGCGUUUUCAAACAUGAAAUCCUUGGUGAUUCUCUCUGACUCUCUCUCUCUCAUCACUCUGCUGAAAGGGAAGGACUCAAGACCAGAAUUGUUUGGAAUUCUGUUUGAUAUUUAUCACUUCAUUCCCUACUUUGAUGCUAUUUCCUUUUGUUAUAUCCCUCGCUUUCAAAACACUGAGGCCGAUGGUGUUGCUAAAUCUGCUCUAGUUUCUGUUAUUGCUUCAUUCUCCAUUUCAGGAGUGUAA